UCCAUCCUCUGACGCUCAAUGUCAGCUCGUACAUAUUUUCUUUUCUAAUACUGGUAGUUCAAACAUCCAGUAACUACCAUGCAAAGAGCUGCACAAACGGUUUUCUGUGGCCGGUCUAAUGCUGUCGGCCCAGCGAUGAUUCGCCACAGCUUAAAAUGUAGAGGGCUCAUUCAGCAUGACUGUCGUGCUUACAGUGUUAUUCCACCUCCAUGCGAUGAUGAGGAGAAGGAGAUGGUGCACCAGAUGCUGCGUGUGGACCAUGCAGGCGAAUAUGGUGCUAACCGCAUCUAUGCUGGACAGAUGGCAGUGUUAGGUAGAUCAAGGACUGGACCUCUCAUCCAGCAAAUGUGGGAUCAAGAAAAGAAGCAUCUAGCAAAAUUCAACGAAAUCCUUGCUGAGAACAGAGUUCGGCCCACGGCACUGCUACCUCUCUGGAACAUUGCUGGGUUUGUAUUAGGGGCAUCCACUGCAUUGCUGGGUAAAGAGGGGGCCAUGGCCUGCACUGUGGCUGUGGAGGAGAGUAUCUCAGAACACUACAACAGCCAGAUCAGAGUUCUGAUGGAAAGAGACCCAGAAAAAUAUACUGAACUGUUACAGCUCAUAAAGGAAUUUAGAGAUGAUGAAAUGGACCAUCAUGAUACGGGGCUGGAGCAUGAUGCUGAAUCAGUGCCUGGAUACUGGCUACUAAAAAACGUAAUACAGCUGGGUUGCAAAGCUGCCAUAUAUGUUUCCCAACGUGUCUAAGUCUGUAUUUAAAACAAAAAAAAAUGUUUUGAUAUUUUGACUGAGUUUCUGUUGAGCUCAUUUGAAAUGGCCGUUGAUGAAUGAACGUCUUUGUAAAGCAACACAUUGUUUUACUUUUACCAGAUAAAAUGUGUUAUCUGACACAGUAAACAGCAACAUGUACUGUUUUCUGAAUGACAUACUUCUGGUUACUUUGCACUGUUUUUAACACAUGACGUCUGUUGAAGUAUGCAAGUUGAGAUGAUUCUUGCUGUCAUAAUCGACUUUAGUUCUAUUUUCUGAAUGCAAAUGUUUAAUAUUUGUGUUGCAGUUGUACUGCUGAGAGGUGACCUGUCUGAAAAGGGAAGUUACAGUGAAGUAAUUUUCAAAUAAAAGAAAUUCAUAUGA